CAGAAAAAUAAAACAAACAAACAGCGACUCAGUUUUCGUGUUUCAGACAAAAGCCACGUCCUUGUAAUAAAACCUCUGCUGUCCCAACAACUCUAAUCAAAUCAAACCUAAAACACCUUCGGGUGGUUGUGGGGGAAAAAAACCAGCCGGGAGUUUAUUGGUAAGGUUGAACGACAAUACCAUGGUGAAGAAGGAAACGAGCUUAGAUUUGAAUCCAUGCUCGGUACUCAAACGCCACCACAUAUUAGUAAAGUUUGCAGUUUCUCUUCUCUUACUGGGUCUGGCUUUUCGUCUUCUAGUCUCCGAUUCACUCACUUUUUCCUCACCCGCCGUUGAGUCACCACCACCGCCGACUCGUGUCGAAACUAAUGCCAUAGCCGACUCACCUCUUCCUUCUUCUUUGCCUGUUCAAGUUGCGGCUGCCGGUGAUUCGUUAGCAAACGAGAGCCAAACGGUUCAAAACGCUUCUGUUGCGGGUCAAUGUGAUCUGUUUGUGGGUGAUUGGGUACCCGACCCGUCGGGUCCGGCUUACACGAACGCGACUUGCCUUGACAUUGAAGCUCAUCAAAAUUGUAUGAAAAACGGCAGACCCGAUUCGGGCUACCUCUACUGGCGAUGGAAUCCCCGGGCUUGCGAAUUGCCCAGGUUCGACCCGGAAAAGUUUAUUGAUUUGAUGAAGAACAAAUGGUGGGCGUUCAUCGGCGAUUCUAUCUCCCGUAAUCACGUCCAGUCGUUCCUUUGUAUUCUCUCACAGGUGGAACAAGCUGUCGAGGUUUAUCACGAUGAACAAUACAAAUCCAGAAGAUGGCACUUCCCCUCCCACAACUUCACCCUCUCGGUUAUUUGGACCCCGUUCCUCUUGAAAGCCGACGUUUUUGAAGACAUAAACGGAGUUUCCUCGGCCGAAACUCAGCUCCACCUCGACAAACUCGACGAAACGUGGACCGAACAGUACAAGAACUUCGAUUAUGCGGUGAUUGCCGGCGGGAAAUGGUAUCUUAAAACCGCGAUAUAUCGAGAGAACAACACGGUGACGGGUUGCCAUUACUGCCCGGGAAAGAACUUAACGGAAAUGAGCUUCGAGUAUGCGUACCGCAGGGCAUUGAAGCUGGUGCUGAACUUCACUAUGGACUCGAGCCACAAAGCAUUCGUUUUCCUUCGAACGACGACGCCGGACCAUUUCGAGAACGGGGAAUGGUUCAGCGGAGGGACCUGUAAUAGAACCGAGCCGUUUAAAGAAGGCCAAGUGGAUACGAAAGAUGUAGACACUGUGAUGCGUGGUGUCGAGAUGGAAGAAUUCGAGCAGGCGGCUUCUCUAGGAGCUGAAAAUGGGGUGACGCUGAAAUUGCUGGAUUCCACUCGCAUGUCUCUGCUCAGGCCGGACGGGCACCCGGGACCGUAUAGGCAGUUUCAGCCAUUUGCAAAGGAUAAGAAUGCUAAAGUGCAGAAUGAUUGUUUGCAUUGGUGCUUACCAGGGCCCAUUGACUCUUGGAAUGAUAUUGUGAUGGAAAUGGUAAUUAGAGGACCACAAUGAUGAUUAACCAUUUUUUGUUUGGAUUUGAGAUAAAAAAAAUUUCUUUUCUUUUU